GCGCGCAGGCUCGCGUCGCGGUCGCUUGGGUUUUCGGAACUGUGCGGCGGGCCUGAGAGCUGGGGCUGCAGCUGCUUGUUGUACCUCUUAGGUUCACGGCGGCCGGCCGACCCGGUGAGGCCGGGCCCACGUGUGAGGCGAGAGGGAGCGGGCGGAGUGUGUGGCGAGACCCGGGCCGCUGCCCUCGCAGGCUCCCGGGCUGGCCGCGCCUUCGCAGCGUGCUCCAUGCAUCCGGAGCCCGCCCCGCCCCCGGACAGCAACAGUCCCGAGCUUCCCUUUAGCGGCGGCAGCACCACUAGCGGCAGCCGCCGGAGCCGCCGCCGCAGCGGGGACGGGGAGCCCCCGGGGGCCCCGCCGCCGCCGCCGCCGCCUGCCGUCAGCUACCCGGACUGGAUCGGCCAGAGUUACAACGAGGUGAUGAGUCUCAACGAGCACUCCAUGCAGGCGCUGUCCUGGCGCAAGCUCUACUUGAGCCGCGCCAAGCUCAAAGCCUCCAGCCGGACCUCGGCUCUGCUCUCCGGCUUCGCCAUGGUGGCGAUGGUGGAGGUGCAGCUGGACGCCGACCAUGACUACCCACCAGGGUUGCUCAUUGUCUUCAGCGCCUGCACCACGGUGCUGGUGGCCGUGCAUCUGUUCGCACUCAUGAUCAGCACCUGCAUCCUGCCCAACAUUGAGGCGGUGAGCAACGUGCACAACCUCAACUCAGUCAAGGAGUCACCCCAUGAGCGCAUGCAUCGUCACAUCGAGCUGGCCUGGGCCUUCUCCACUGUCAUUGGCACCCUGCUUUUCCUGGCUGAGGUCGUGCUGCUCUGCUGGGUCAAGUUUUUGCCUCUCAAGAAGCAUCCAGGCCAGCCAAGUGCCACAAGCCAGCCCCAGGAUGGCUCAGACCACAAUGCCAGCAGCGGUGGCAUCACCCCAGGUCAGGCAGCAGCCAUUGCCUCCACUGCCAUCAUGGUCCCCUGUGGUCUUGUCUUUAUCGUCUUUGCUGUCCACUUCUACCGAUCACUGGUCAGCCACAAGACGGACCGACAGUUCCAGGAGCUCAAUGAGCUGGCUGAGUUUGCCCGCUUGCAGGACCAGCUGGACCACAGAGGGGACCACCCCCUGACGCCUGGCAGUCACUAUGCUUAAGCCCUCACCACUGAGCCCUUCGGAGCUUUGGCCUUACGCCUUUCCCCAUGACCUUGUCCUGCCCCAGCCCAGAGGGGACAGCUUUGCAGGGGGCUGGGCUUCACCCAGGGCAGAGAAUGGAGGGAAGAGCCUUUUUUAAAAGAAAUGAUUGCACUUUGAGACUUUCCUAUAAGAGAGUAAGCACUCCCUGUUCUUCCACCUGCAGCUCUCCUCCUGGUAGGAGGUGGUGGGGCCAGAGUGGGAACAGAUGUUGUCUUUGUCCCUACUUCAUCCCAUGCCAGUGCCACCCAGAUGCUUCCUGUCCCUUCUGUGUCAUUCAGCGUCGAGUGUGUGCAUGUGUGUGAACACAGAAAUAUACUCACAAGGGACAC